UAGCUUUGUGUGUUGUAUCUUUGUAUAAUAGACUCUAUAUACCUAUUGACUUUAUCACAUUUUACGUAGUUGGCAUUUUUGACAUUGUUGACAAGAGAAGAUAACCAUAACCUCGAAUUCGUCAAAUUUGGAAAUGUAAAUAUGAAAAUAAAAUCUAUUUUAUUUAUGAACAUAUUUCCUAACUAACGGACUAGCGUUCGUUCACUGAUUAUAAACAGUUAAAUAGAACAUGGAAAGUAACACAGCAGGAUGGAUUGGUUUAAUAGUGGUUUUGUGCAUAGCAAGUUUUGGUGUCUUUUGGCUAGUAAUUAUUGGAUUGAGUUUAUCAAUAUUUUCUGUGGGGUUUAUUUCUCUUCUGUACUUACAACAGGGUGACAUAGAAAAAUUUUACAUAAAAUGUGCGGGAAAUCCACUAACUUCAAACAUUCUCACCGAAGGAGGCCUGAAGCAGAUCGUGCAACAAUUGGAAAGUCCAAAGAAAGUACAAAAAACCGAUAGUAGAGUAACUGGCAGCGAAUUGAUAGAUAGUUCCUUACAAGAAAUAUUGGGUUACAUUAUCAGGGAUUAUGUUUCGUCUUGGUACAGUUUAGUGACACGAGAUAUUGAGUUUACAGACGUUACUGUGCGCCAUAGUGCACAGACAUUUGCUAUUAAUAUAUCUAACAGAGUGAAAGAAGUGGAUUGGAUACCUUACCUUACUCAAAGAUUAGUAGAUGAUGCAGCGUCUCAUUUGAGAUUAUACAAACAAGCUAGGGCAAAAAUGAAACUACAGGAAAUUGCAAAACAACAAAGAAAUUCCCCACAGAGGGAUAAAACAUCUCCCAAAAAAAGUAUUCAUAAGAGAAAUAAAAGUGAAACUGAUAUUAGUUGGUAUAUCGGAAGAUCAAUUGAACUGAAGAGAGAUUCAGAAAAAAAUAUAGGAAAUUCCAAGUUUUAUAUUGGUGAAAACAAAAAUGCAUUACUUGAAGAUCAUUUUUUUGAGUUGGAAAGACAAAUGGAGAAUAAUCUUAUGUGUAGAGAUCUUAUAUGUAGAAAUUUGGAAUCUGAGAAAGAGUUCCUCUGUGAGCUUGUAGAAAUUCUUCUGUACAUUCUUCUUCCCGAUGAGGAUUUUCAGUGUAAACCAUUGCGUUAUGUACUGCGAGAAAUGUUUGUUAAUUGUGUUAUUUUACCUCUAUUCAACUUGGUCUCUGACCCCGAUUAUAUUAACCAGGCGAUUAUAUGGCUGUGUUUACGUGAAAACCAGCUGCCAAGUGAUAUUUUUUUAACAACUCUAAGACUUACAGAUAACUGUGAUGAAUUGAGAAGUACCAAAGAUUUAGUAAUGCAGGAAAUACAAUCUCUGAGAUCUAGGGAUUCUGGAGGGGAGAGCGAUUUAUCAGUAAAGCAGCAGCUGAGUAGUUUAUACUAUGUACUGAAACUAAUUGAUAGCAAGUUAUCAAAAAUGGAAAAUAUGGACGCUUCAGAUGGGCAAUCUUCUCUGGACUACAUUCAAAUGGAAAGUAUUAAAAAAAUUGACCUAAGCCUAGAUCAAAUUCUAAAAAACAAUAUAGCAUUAUCAUAUUUUAUUGAUUUUGUUUCUAGUCAAGAAAAGCAACUGGAUCUAUUUUUCUAUUUAAAUGUUGAAGGUUGGAAAGUGUCAGUCGAACAACAACUAUCAGACCUUCACCUGAACAAAAUGUUAAAAGGUUCUAAUGAAAGUAGUUCUCUUGUAUAUGAAAAUAUCCGUUCCACCGCUUAUAGCAUCUACGAACAGUACUUAGGCGAAAGGUGUGAACAAAAAGUACAAAUAAAAGCAGCCCUAGUCCAAGGCUUGUAUUUCAAAAUAAGAAAUUUGAACGAGACUCCAUCAGAAUUGUGGUUCGACGGUGUUCUUGAGGCGAUGCAUGAAAAAAUGGAAAACACUUUCCUUCCAAUAUUCAAAAAGAGUAAAGCAUAUGUAAAAUUGUUGCAGGAUCUCGAUUUACUUCAGCAAACUAAUGUCGAAGAUGACACAAUCAGUAUCAAUAGUAAUGAUAGUUUAGAAAAUAAUGAAACUGCAUUGCCUCCUUUGCAGACUCUGAAGAAGGGCGAUUUUCUAACGGUAGAACACACUUCAAAGAAUGUUAAACAUGUCAGGUCAUUCAGUGAUGUGACGAUGCUAAUAGAAAAAAGUGAUGCUAAUGGAAAACUACGAAUUUCAAGUCAGGAUCCCAGAAUAACGGACCAAGAAAAUGAAUUGAUCUGUGAAAAUGAUAACAAAGAAAAAGAAGAAACUCUCAAAAGCGGGGAUUUUACUUUGUCAGUUAAUAUUAUAGAAACGGGAAUUGUUUGUGAAAAAGGAAAAACAUUUGGUAUAUAUGCCAUAAGGAUAGGUAGACAGUAUGAAACUGGUUACCAAGAAGAGUGGCAUAUUUAUAGGCGGUAUAGUGAUUUUCACGAUCUUCAUACAAAGGUGAAAGAGAAGUUUCCAGAUCUCGCUAAGUUGCCUUUUCCUGGUAAAAAAACGUUUCAUAACAUGGAUCGAUCUGUUCUGGAAAGGCGAAUGAAAAUGUUGGGAUCUUAUAUGAAUGAAAUGUGUCAACCCUCUGUAAUUUCAAACCAUCCAGGUUUGGAAAGCUUACUUAUGACUUUCCUUGAACAGGGGGAGUAUGACAGAGCAAAUGGAGGACCAAUAUCUAGUACAAUUGACACUUUGGUGAAUCCUUUGAAAUCGGGCAUGAAAACCAUCAAAAAUAUGCCAGAACAAUUGAUAAACAGUGUUGAUGAAGCACUAAUUGGACUUUCAAAAGUUUUCCACCCCAAACCUGGACGAUUUCCUGAAGCUAGUAAAGUCGGAGCUUCAAUAGAAGAGACAGACGAUAACAUUCCACUCAGAAUUAUGUUACUUUUAAUGGAUGAAGUAUUUGAUUUAAAAUGUAGAAAUCAAUGGUUGAGGCGGAGAAUUGUCACUCUGCUGAGACAAAUUGUGCGGACCAUGUUUGGUGAUAUUGUCAACCGUAGGAUUUUAGAAUAUGUUUCACUAUUAACAAGCCCUAAAAGAGUAGCCCACUACCUCUAUAUAUUUAAGCAAUCUUUUUGGCCAAACGGCGUAAGAAAUGAAAAGAAACCAGAAAGAGAUGAAGACACCAAAAAUCUAAGUAGAGUAGCAGCUAAGGUGGUGCUGCUGUCAUGCUUGUCAGAUGAAUUGAAACACAUCAUUGGUUCGGAAACCACAAGAAGAGGUGUUCUUACAAUAUUUGAUCUUUUCCAAAGACCAAUUUUAAACCGCAGACUAUUAUAUGUGUUAUUAGAAGGUGUAUUAUGUACUUUAUUUCCAGAUAAGGAUAUGACUAAGCUAUUUAUUAAAUUAUAUUCCAAUUCCAAAAAGAAUGAACAGAAAAAUACUCGUAAAUCCAGGUGAUAAAUUAGUCAUUUAAUUUUGUAAUGUAAAUGUAGUCAUAGAAAUUAACUGAUUCUUGGUUAAAAGGGUCCGACAAGAUCAUUUUAAAUAAUAUUUGAUAAGUUUUUGAUGAAAGUUAUAGAAUUCUUCACUUUUAACAAAAAUGAAAACUUCAUUUCAUAACAAGUUUUAUAAUUUAAGUAUAUAUAAAAUAAUAAAA